AUGGUCGUCGCAGGUGAUCGCAAGAGGCGCUCCGAGAAUCGCAGCUCCGUCGGAUCACGAGGCAGCGUGCGGAGGAACCCAACGGAGAGAUCGCAACCGGUCCCAUCGCAAAGCACGGUACCGGCCAAUCAUACGUACAGGCACGAUGCUCCGAGGCGCUACCACCCCCGGCAGCCGCCGAGGCUCCGCAGGGGCGCGAACAAGUACGAGUCCGAGGACUUCAAGCAACAGCGUAUGCAGCAGAUGGAGGCUGCCAACAAACACAAGUACGACAUGAUCAGCAAGCGUCAGGAGCGCAUCAAGAAGCUGGCGGAUCUGACCACAGAACUGAACUCGCUGGUAGGGAAACUGUCGCUGCUGCCCAAGGAUGCGCCGGAGCGUGAAGGGGUGUCGCAGCAGAUCCAGGACGUGAAGUUUGCGAUGAGGCGGUUGCAGAUGGAGAGGGAAACGGUGCCUAACAAAAUAGACAACCGUCAGACCAAGCUCCUGUUCAAGGAACUGCCCGAGUGCGCGAAGGGUCCCGGGAAGCUGGCUGAGUGGAUCGCCGGCAACGCCGUGAUCCUCCUGCCGAAACAAAUCGCAAUGUUAGCCACAGCUGCGCAGGGUGCGCUGAUCCAGUACCGGAACCAUGGUGCAGCGGAAACGGUCAUGCGCUCCUGCAAACUCCACGGCAUCGAGGCGCAGUGGGCUCCCGUGGAGCACGAGGAGGGCGACGGGAAAGGCUCGGAAGCGCCCGCCAAGGCCGAGAAUGCGGCUGACGUUGACUAUAACCUUCUAUGA